GUUCGAAUUGAGCAACAGGCAGGUAGAGAUCGGUCGUCGUUCUGCCAACAGUUUCCGCUUUCAGUUUCUGCCGCAAAGCGCGUUGAUUUAAGACGACUCGGCUCAAGUGUGCUGAGGCUGAGGCUGAGGAUGAGCAUCGGCAGCUGCAAAAGUGCAACAGUAAUGCCACAACAAUAGAGGCAGCAAACGGGUUUCAUUUGCAGACUGAAAGUCGAAGCGAACGUCGCGUGUGUGCCGCCUUGUGUUUCAAGCGGUCUGCCUGCGCUCAAAACAUUAAUCGUAAUGAGAAUAUUCAAAGAAAAGUGAAUUAAAUACGAAAAGUGCAUUCAAAAGGAACAAAUUCCAAGGAACAAUUCUGCUCCGAAUCGAAAAACAAAAAAUAUCAACGGUAAAGCAAAUACAAAAGCACAAAACGAUGAAGCACGAAUUUCUGCUGUUGCUACUCACUGGAACAGCGCUACUGCUGACAUUCGCUGAUGGCCAGCACGAGGACAUUCCCUACCAGGCGGUGACAAAAAUCUGCGAGGCAUGCGUGUGCCUGAGCAAUCAGGACAGCAAUCAUCGCCUCCACCAGACCCUCAACUGUGACAUGAAGAACUUUGAGCACAUCCUGCCGCGCUGGCCCACCGAAUUUGGCACACUGUCCACGGGAACGGAGAUUGUGGCCACGUACUCGGGCAAUCGCAUCCGCCUGCUGCAGCAGCUGCCGGCCACGAAUGCGACGUUGACGCUGUCCUGCCGCCACUGUGGCAUGCAGCAGCUCCAGGCACCGCUCUUCAUGGAUGUGCCCAAUGUGGAGGCGCUUUAUCUCAGCUGGAACGAGAUCGCCGAGGAUGCGCUGACGCCGGAGCUGUUUCGCGGCCCAUUCAAGAGCACCAAAUACGAGCCAAUUGGCCUCAAGGAUCUGGAUCUGAGCCACAACCGCAUUGCGCUGCUCUAUCGCAAACUCUUCGAGCACACCCCGCAGCUGCUCAAGCUGAACUUGGCCUACAAUCGUCUGAGCGUGCUGGACGCUGGCACCGCCGCAGCGCUGGGCUCGGUGACGUCGCUGCAACGGCUCGACCUCUCCCACAAUGGACUGAUGACGCUGCCCAGCGAUUUGUUUGUCCAGCUGAGCAGCCUGCGUGUGCUGGAUUUGUCGGGCAACGAGUUCACUGUGGUCCCUGCGAGCAUCCAGCAGCUGGGCAAGUCUUUGGUGCAGCUGAAUCUGUCGGGCAAUCAGUUCAGCAGCCUGAAUGCGCAGAGUUUCCAGAAACUGGAGGCGCUGCGUCGGCUCAACAUCAGCGAUCUGCCGGCCCUACGCACCAUUGGCCGAGGGGCCUUGGUUCUGCCCGCACUGGAGCAGCUGGAGUGUGCCAGAAAUCCGAAGCUGGAGCUACUGGAGCUGCAGGACUUGCUUGCCAGCCGCGCGCUGUCGCAGCUGGACAUCUCCCACAAUGCACUGAGCACGCUCACCCUGAACGUGAGCAGCAGCAAUAGCAGCAACAGCAGCAACAGCAGCAGCGCGGCAGCCUGGCCACGACUGCGCAGUGUGUCGAUUGCGGGCAAUCCCUGGUACUGCAGCUGCGAGCUGAUGCAGUCGCUCGAGCUGGUCGGCAUGCCGCGCGUUGAGCUGUCGGCUGGCGGUGCAGAGGCCCGUUGCGAUACGCCCUACCUGCUGGCCGGAACUCCGCUCUACAAUCUGACGUCCCAGCAGAUCUGCAGCAUGGUCAUACCGAAGAAGUAUCGCGCCGUGGAGGAGGAGCCGCCGCGCUUUCUGCGCCGUCGCUAUGUCGUUCUGACGGCCAUCAUUGCCAGCGUGGUGCUGGUGCUGGGCCUGAUUAUUGGCUUCAUUGUGGUCUGCGUGCGACGUCGCCUCAAGGGCAGUGACUACGGCGUGCAGCCCAUACGCUACACCAGCGUGCGGGGCAGCAAUCUGUCUGCGUUCUCGCAGCUGCAACCCGCAUCGGUGGCUAGUAAGUUCAACAAUGCCGCCAGUGCAGGCGCCACAGGUGCAGCCAAUGCCUGAGCCAAGUUCCGGAUAGAAUGAUCGCCUAGCUGCACGAAUUUCGAGCCAAAGAUGUCCCACGAAAAGUGUUUCCCCCCCCUCCAACUAAAACCCAAAACCGAAAAGACUUUGUGUGUGCUAUCGUGUAUCGUAUCCCUGUACAUAUGUAUGUAAUACCACCCCAUCCCCAUCCCCAGUGGAGCUGUCUCCGCAAUCCCCAACCCCCCUAUAGUAUCUAGUACUGCCAUCGAUGUUUGUAUUGUACUUAAGUUUCGAAAAAUUAGCAUUUAAUAAAUAAUUUUCAAAAUGAAAUCAA